CCUCAGACAAGAGGAAAGAACAGGGGAUGAAAGGGCCUCUCGUACUCACUCGGCAUCACAAACUGCUGCUCGGGCCCCUCUGGCAGAGAGACAGAAAGGCGAAAGGAAGGAGAGCAGAAGAACAUGGGGGAACCUAGGGAGGUGAAUUACUCUCCGUUACCUCCGAGCCCUGCGGCCCCCCGGCGCCCCCCAUCAGGAGCGCAGCCCCCCAGGUACUGCUGGGUUUAAAUGCUGAAUGGAGACAGAGACAGACCGUGCUGUCCCCUUGCACUGAAAGACCUAAAGCGAGAGGCCAAAUAUAGAGUGGAAACCCGACCCCCCUUGGCUGGAUCAUAUGCACUAGUGAAUGAGGGAGACGCGGCGUGCAUGAGAUCGCACUUGUGCGAUUGUCUAACGCAUCCUCGCCGUGUGCGCACUGACCCAGCUUAGCCCUGACACACGCUCCUUCAAUCGCAUCGCGUCGCUGGUGCCACCUCUGUCACCCCCUCCGCCGAUCUCCCACGGGAGACGCAGGGUGGGUUUAGCGACCUGACGUGCCAAAUGCGCAGCUGCGAGAGGCAGAAAGCGACAGUGGCAGCUUCAGACUAAAGAGAGAAUUGGGCGCUUUGCUCCUGACCGAGGGACAUGGAUGGGGGUGGCAAGCCGGAGCCAGGUGCUGAUGCCAAGAGCCCUGUUGUGGGGCUAGCAGAGCAAAUGCACCUUUCCCCUUGUGACGAGGAGGACGACACAGCCGGGGCUCUAGCCAAGCAGCAUGGGGUGAAGAGGCACCAUCAUAAGCACAACCUGAAGCACAGGUACGAGCUGCUGGAGACCCUGGGCAAGGGCACCUAUGGGAAGGUCAAGCGAGCCAUCGAGAGGUUUUCAGGCAGAGUGGUUGCCAUAAAAUCCAUUCGUAAAGACAAAAUCAGAGAUGAGCAAGAUAUGGUUCACAUCAGAAGAGAAAUUGAGAUCAUGUCAUCCCUCAACCACCCGCAUAUCAUAAGAAUUUAUGAAGUUUUUGAAAAUAAGGACAAAAUUGUGAUUAUAAUGGAAUAUGCAAGCAAAGGCGAGCUGUAUGAUUAUAUCAGCGAGAGACGAAGACUGAGUGAAAGGGAAACCAGACACUUCUUUCGUCAGAUUGUCUCGGCUGUGCACUACUGCCACAAGAAUGGUGUUGUACAUAGAGAUUUAAAACUGGAGAAUAUUCUUCUUGAUGAAAACGGUAACAUAAAGAUUGCUGACUUUGGUCUUUCAAACCUUUAUCAAAAAGAUAAAUUUCUGCAAACAUUCUGUGGGAGCCCUCUUUAUGCUUCUCCGGAAAUAGUCAACGGGAGACCAUAUCGAGGUCCUGAGGUUGACAGCUGGGCCCUUGGAGUACUUCUAUACACUCUAGUUUAUGGAACGAUGCCCUUUGAUGGUUUUGAUCACAAAAACCUAAUCAGACAAAUAAGCAGUGGAGAAUACCGUGAGCCAACACAACCAUCAGAUGCUCGUGGGCUGAUCAGAUGGAUGCUCAUGGUCAAUCCUGAGCGUCGAGCAACAAUUGAGGAUAUUGCAAACCACUGGUGGGUUAACUGGAGCUAUAAAAGUAGUGUAUGUGACUGUGAUGUUUUAAGAGACUCUGAAUCUCCUCUCCUUGCGAGGUUUAUCGAUUGGCAUAAUCGUUCUACCACCAGACAGCUCGAGGCUGAAAACAAAAGCAAGUGCCUUUCAAAACCAUCUGAAAUGUCAUUAGAACAGCAGAGAUCUUUAAAGAAAUCGAAGAAAGAAAGCGACAUUGCACAGUCUUUGCAAGAUGGCGCUGAUGAAACAUCAUCAGUGACAACAUCAAAGAGACCCAAAGGAAUAUUAAAGAAAAGAAAUGGUGAUUAUCGUUCACAUAGUGCUGGCUAUAUUGAAGGUGUUGUUAGUCCUGUUUUGUCUCCAACAUACAACACUGAUGAUGAAAACGGGCACAUAGAUCUAUCUCCCAACAGCACACAAGACCUUGAAGUUCCUAUUAUAUGUGAUACCAAACAGGCAACGCCAAUGCCAAAAAAGGGCAUUUUAAAAAAGACACCACAAAGAGAGUCUGGCUAUUACUCUUCUCCUGAACGAAGUGAGUCAUCUGAACUGUUAGACAAUGAUGGAGAAGAAAGUAUCAAUUCUGCACUUGUCAUCAGUGAGACAAAAAGAACGGUUUCUCAUAGUCUGUCAUAUAGGAGAAAGGGCAUCUUAAAGCAUAAUAGCAAAUAUUCCAGCAACUGCAUAGAUUUGUCAGUGGCUGGUCUCACAGGAGCUUCACUGGACUCUAUGAAAGAAGGUGUUAUGCCUGGAGAAGGAUUGUCUCGAAGCUACAGUCGUCCCUCCAGUGUCAUUAGUGAUGACAGCAUUCUUUCCAAUGACUCCUUUGAUUUGCUUGAAUUAAAAGGUGGUAGAUCAAACAAGCAGAGAAUACGCAGUUGUGUUUCUGCUGAAAAUAUCUUGUAUCUGCAGGAUUUCGAUGGACUUCAGAAAAGCUCUCGUCCGCAAAACCUGAAACGCUACCGUAACCGUUUUGCAGACAAUAGCUUUUCUUUACUUACAGAUAUGGAUGAUGUGACUCAGGUUUAUAAAAAAGCAUUGGAGAUCUGUAACAAUCUUACUUAAAGUUAUUCGUUUUAGAUUAAGAUACCUUUAUGGUGAACACAGGAACUUUGCUGACAGUGGUUGUAUUGGAAUAAGACACCAGUAAUCGUUUUGUGAAGAGGUAUUUCUGACACCGUAAAUAUUUUUCUUAUGUCUGGCAUUCAGUUACAAAAUGAGCCAAGCCAGCACGUACAAUUUUACCUUUCUUAAAUCCUUUUCCUAUAGAAGAAAAGUCAUAUUGUUUACAGUAGUAUGUGUUUUCUAGAAUUACUCUGCAGUUUUGCUUUGCACUUGUCACUCUUGCACAGGAUCUGUAAUGUCAACUCUAGUAGACUUUGCACACUCAUUUCAAUCCUAAGUGUGCAAUAUUUUUCAUUAACUUAAGCAAAAAAGGCAAACUAUUUUUUUUUCUAACUUUUUCUUUCUCUAGUUCUCAGUGAAGAAAACUGGCCUGUUUCCAGUAUCCUUCUGUUCCUCUUCUAAUAAAUGAGUCUGACGGUGAUAGCUUGGUGGCUCUUAACCAAAGUUAGCAUUAGCCCAAGUAUGGGGCCAAGACGAUGGCCUUCUUGAUUGAUAUCUGGUCAGGGAUAGUUCUGAUAUCAAUUGUGCAGGAAAGAAAAUCCCAUCAGGAUCUAGUUAUUUGUAAGGGGUUCUAAACACAUGGUUGUAUCCUGAUAGGGACCACAGCUCAGAUGACAAAAUACGGCAAAGAUCAACUCUGAAUCCUUUCAUGUAAACUGGCACUACUUAAACUACUUUUGAUAUUCAUUAGCCCUUAAAGGAACAGUAACACCAAAAAA